GAGAAAAAGCUUUGUUAAAACGUACUACAUAUUAAUACGGCGCCGCAGGGAGUAUUAGCGCAAACGAUGAAAGGCGGCUCUCUCUGACUCCGAGUUCACAGUACACGAAGAGAAAGGCCUGCUUGCCAGAUUGUUUUCGCCGGCCAGUCUAAAACAUUUGAAAACUGGGUGAAGAAAAUGGGCGUUGGGGAGCUCAAAUACGACAUGUCGCAGAAUGGCUACAUAAAGCUGGUACUCCACGCCCUCAAGCACAACUCCGCAGCCGUCAACGGCGUUUUACUUGGUCGAUCCACCGACGACGUCGUUGAGAUUACCGACUCCGUCCCUCUUUUCCACAACCACCUCGGCAUCCUCCCUCCUCUAGAGAUCUCCCUCAUCAUGAUAGAGGAUUAUUACAGUGCUCAAGGUCUGGAUAUAGUGGGUUACUUUCAUGCGAACGAGAGGUCUGAUGAUGCGGAGCUUGGUAACGUGGCCAAGAAUAUUGGGGAUCAUAUUUAUCGCUACUUCCCCCAAGCUGCCAUUCUCUUGUUAGAUAACAAAAAGCUUGAAGCAUUACCAAAGGGGAAAGACCGGAGCCCUGUAAUGCGGCUUUAUACAAGGGAUGCAACAAAGAACUGGAAGCUAGCUAGAUCUGAUGGAGGCAAUAGGUUGAUACUUAAGGAGCCAGCAGCAAAUAUUGUGUUGCUGGAUUUUGUUUCAAGCCAGAAGUGGCAGCAUUUGGUAGAUUUUGACGAUCACCUUGAUGACAUUUCCAAGGACUGGCUCAAUCCAGAUCUCUUCAAGUAGUGUUGCCCUUGGAUGUGUAACUGGUGGUUGUUUCUUGCGGGCAUCUAGCUUACCUUGAUGUAUGAUGCAGCAACUUGACGGAGCAGACAUGAUCGAUAAGCAAUAGGCUUUGUGGUUUCUUGUUUGGGGCAAAAUUUUGUAGUAAUGUAUUACCAAAUAUCCAUUUGUUAAA